UCAGGUUCCAAUACUGCGUCAAAGCUGAUGAGAGAAACUCUUAUUACCUGGUGAUCAGCUCUGGUAAUGGAUUACUUUUUCACGCUUUGCAUCCGUGUAAUCAAUGAAAGGUUCAUUACAGAAAAAGACAAAUAAGACGCUUUUCUUAGCAAACCCGGCGGGGUUAAGGAGGACAAGAUGCUGCCGGCACUCUUGCUAACCCUGGGCUGUGUAAUAUUUCAAGUAAAUCCUGGGUUUGGAUGUCAGCUACCCACGGAAUGGAGACCGCUUAGCGAAAGCUGCCGCGCCGAGCUAGCAGAGAUCAUCGUCUACGCCAGGGUGCUGGCCAUCCAUCAAGAGGUAUACGGGGCCAACGCCUACAACCACCUGCCCUACCAGUAUGACGGAACCGACGACGGACUCUUCUAUUCGGCGGAGAUUGAGCUGCUCUGUGACCAGGCGUGGGGCAGCAUGCUGGAGGUCCCCGCCGGCUCGCGUCUCAACAUCACCGGCCUGGGAUAUUUCUCCUGCCAGUCGCACACGGUGGUCCAAAACUAUUCCUAUAUUUUCUUCCUGAGGAUGGAUGAAAACUACAAUAUACUGCCCCACGGAGUUAACUUCCAGGACGCCAUUUUCCCAGACACCCAGGAGAACCGAAGGAUAUUCUCCAGCCUCUUUCAGUUCUCCAACUGCUCCCAUGGACAGCCGCUACAGACCUUCACUCCUGAUUGGGAGAUUCAGGAGGAUAACCGGCUGCUAUGCUCCUCCAUGCAGCUGGCACUCUUUGAGGAAGAGGAACAUGUGAAGAAGUUGCAGGAGCGCCUGGCUCAGCUGGAGGAUAAGAAUCGGCAGUUGAAGGAGCGAGUGCGCAAGGUGAAACGCUCCCUCCAGCUGGCCCGCCGCGAUGCCCGACGUGCCCAAAGGGAUCAGCAGCAGCUCCAGGAGCUCCUUGCCUCCUCCCAGCGGGCCGGGCACCACCUCAACGCCAUCCAGCAAGACAGCACCCCCUACGUUUUACCCAUGGGAGGCUGAAUCUGGUUAGGGGGUGCGAGGGGUCUCCUGAUUUUACCUGAGAGCUGCUGGGCGGCCUCUCUGCUUUUUUCUCCUCUCAUCCAUGGACUACAACUCAAUGAGUAGUGGUCCAGAUCGAAAGACACAGCCAGGGCCACUCCAUUUUCAUAGUACCACUCCAUUUACCCCAGACAAAUGCAAUUGCUUAAUUUUGAGCAGGGAUCCAAUUUCAACUAUAUUUUCCAGACAGAAAGAAACAAGAUAUCCCAACCCUUAACCACACUUUUUAAAACACGUCUUCUUUACAGCAACUUCUAAAAAUAUUUCUCUGAGUACAAAUUGCACUCUGGAUUUCUUAAAUAUGAUGAAAUAUUCAAAAGUUGCCAUGACUUCCACAUAUUCAGCAUGUCUCCACAUCUCUGCACCCCUCUCAAAAUUGUUCCUUGAAUGAUAACACUUUACUUGAGGGAGCACAAAUAACUUAGUAAUUCAGUUACUACUACAAAUCAUGAACAAAUAUAGUAGCUACAUGAAAAACAUGAACUGUUAUGAUUGAUGAUUGACGGACAUUGGAUCAGUACAUAACUAACACUUAGUUACUGGUUAAUCAAUACAUUAAAUAAGAGUGUGCUACUACAUCAUGCCCCCUCAAGUCAUGUCACCUGUAAGCCUUUAGCUUCUCAUGUUUAAUAUGUUUUAUCUUGUUAUGUAGGAACAGCUGCAGUUUGCUCUACAGAUGUCCUGAAUCUGAAGGAAUGCUCUGUGCACAGACUUUAAGCAGCACCUGAUGUACUGAAGGAUAACCACUGUAUUUUUUUCUAACCACGAAAAAGGCUUUUUAUGAAUGACUGCAUAAUGUAGAUGUUCCUUGUUGCCAUGACUCUGGUAUAAUGCCCAUGUUCUGGGGAAGAUGUGGACCUAGUUGUCAUGCCAACACUGGGAUUCACCAUGGUAAUGAGUGAAGCACACAUAAGAUGGUGUAUCCAGACUAAACGUAGUGCUGCAAUCUGAGUCUUGGUGAUAUUCAUGCUCUCUGUUCAUGUAUUGAUAUUACACUAUAUAAACCAAACAACAUAUUCAUAAAGGUGACCCAUUUCUGUCCAUUUAGUUGAUCUAGGAAUUCAUUUUGUACUAGGGGCGAAUAGACGGUUACUUUGUGAGAGCUUUAAUUAGAGCUUGGACACUGGGCUUCUCAUCUACUGAUGGGGAAUUUAAUUUUAGAGGUAUUCAAGAAAAGAGCCUCAUUGAUUAUUACAAAAGACUGAUGUCUCAACAUCUUAUGGGAGUGUGUGUGGGGGUGGAGGUAGUGCAGGGGCUCUAUACAGAACACUGCAUUCAUCUUGCACACAUAGUCCAUAGUAAUGACAUCAAGCUGUCUGCCUACCCAGCGUGCUGUGGAAAGUUCUUGUCUCACUGGGAUGAUGCUACAGGAUAGAAUGCAAACAGUGAUGGAUAUCAUGCUGAUAAUUACAAGAUUCAACUAA